GUCUGGCUUAAAAUAGAUGUCUCCGCCUCUGUUCCCCAGGUGGGUCUCUGCCACCACCACCCCAGUCUCCAUCCACUCUCCCCUGGCUCUGUGCUGAAUCAGCAGCCUCCAAUGCCAUGGCCGAGUCCCCAGGGGGAGGCACAGAGAGGUGAUUUCAUCGGCUGGAUGUUGUCAAGUGGAGCCAUCCUCCUCUUCCCUCCUCCUCCUCCUCCUCUCCCUGCUGCUCCUGCUGCUGUACAAGCCAACCCAGACUGAUCUCACCAGUUCCGGUCACGUUAUUCUGUGUUUACGCCUUCGCUCGCUCCCUCGCUCGCCUCUGCUUCUCCUCUAACCUGCCAGGGCCUGCUGCAAACCACCUCCGGCGCCCACCAUUUCCAUCACCAUCACCUCCCCAGCUUUGCCAAGAGGGCGCAAGAGGAGGAGGAAGAGGACGGGGACCGGGGAGACGGGGAGAAGCAACCGAGAGAGCCACCAUGGAGUCCGCAACUUUGGGACGGGUGCCCUUGUGUGUCCACUGCGCCAGGAGGCUUUGAAGGAGAUCCAGGAGGAAGAGGAGGAGAAAACCCAGCAAGGGGGCGCCAGGGGUGGCGGGAGGGGAUCUUCCCCCUCCAUUCCCUCCCGCCUCCCUCCUUAAUACCUCCCCACCUCACCCCCCGCCACCCGCCGGGUGUUUGUGGCUGACACGGAGGAGGGGAGCGUUUGGAUAACCCUCCAGGGGGGAGGAGAAUCCAACCUGUUCGCCCUUCCUUGCCUUGGCAUCUCCUUCCAUUGAUGACACCGAGUCGUGGCCACCAGUUCCUGCUGUCGCCUCCUCGUUUUGCCCAGGCUCUGACGGUUGACAACUGUGUUGCGAUGGAGACCCUGUCCCUGGAGCACCAUAUCCAAAGUGUGCAAAGACACAUCGCCUUCUUGAAGAAGGAGCAGAUGGAACUCCUCCACGAUUUGCACCUGGAGAUCCUCCACUUACAGAAGCACUGCACAGAAUUGACUCAUGAUCUUGAAACAAAGGAACUGGAAGCCAACCAGCAAGACAUCAUUGACCAGGAGCUGGAGGAGAAGUGCAAGAUCAUGGAAGCCCAGCUGCAGGAGAAGGAGAUGAACAACGUGGAGCUGCGCAAGGAGCUGAGGCACAAGGAGAGCUUGGUGGCUGCCCUCCGCUCCAACCUGAGGAACAAAGAGAGGAAAUUCCUGGAGGAACUGAAGAGAAGGAGCCACCGGGUGACCAUCCUCAACACAGAGCUGCAGAAGCAGACGGAGGCGGCUGCCUACCUCUCCUUCCAGCUCCACGCCACCAAACAGAAGCUCCACAGUUCCCGGCAGAGCGGGAAGGCCCUGCCCGAGAUGCCCCCUGAGAAACCUUUCCUCCCUCCGCCCUGCGGCGAGGCGAGGCCCAAGAAACGGACGCAGAAGUCCCACACUCGCCGGCAGGCUUCCAGCAACUUCCACAGCAGGGGGGCCUUCAAGGAGCCUCCGCCUCGCGACCGGCUGAGCAGCUUUGAAGACGUCGAGCCCAUGCCCGACCCGGCGCUUUUCCUGUACAUGAAACGGCACCACACACCGCCUCACCGCCAAAGAGCGGAGCAUCACAAAGCCUCGGCCUUGUCUGCCAAGGCGGGCGCCGACCAAAGCGACCCCAAAGGCAGCCGGAUGAGGUCGUCCGCCCGGCAGGCCUCCUCGGAGCCAACGGAAGCUUCCGGAGGCGCCAGGACUUUGGGCAAGCCGCGGCCAUCUUCCAAAGGGGAGCAGCGCAAGCGAAGCGGCCCCAGCCCCCAAACUUCGAAAGAUGUUGACUAAAAGGGGGCAGGCAAGCGAGAGAGAUAUGAUAGAAAAGGGGGGAAACACAUGCAGCCAUUUUGAAAUUGCUUUUCUUAAGAGGUCACACUGGGGAGGGGGGCCGAUCUUUUCAAGUACAUCCCUAAAUUAGAGGUAGUCUCAAGGGGAAGUGUUGUGGGGCCUCGUAGGUGCCACCAUUUUGUCUACCGAGUUGGGAACGGCGUCCACAACAGCGGAACUGCCAAGGCUGGAGUGGUUUUGGACGUUGCGGUCGGAGCCGCAGUGAAUGUAGCCACCACACGACUCAACAAGCACUGCACAACGUCUCGGUAAAGACGAUCGAGGAACUGAACCUGAAGUUUCCGUGCCUUCAGAUUAACAGCUUUUUGCGUUGGUUUGCUUUUUUAGUUUUCCCGUUUCGAAUUCUGACAUCAGCUUCGAAAGCCUGCUGUCUGAAAUCUCUGCGUCAGCGGCAAAAACUGAUGCUUCGGUGCUGGCAGCUGGGUUUUUUACUCUUCUGAAUGUGUACGAUUCAUCCCAUCUUAAAUGGGUGUGAUUUUCUUUUCCGUUUCAGCACUAGUUGCGAUACCUUUGGCUCAAAGAGAAGGUGGCCUCAGAGGCUGGUUAUGGGAGAGUGUUUGGGGAGGGGGCUUUGAUGGGAUGUGCUGGGGAGGGAGUAGGUUUGGGGGAGUAUCUAGAGCAGGGUAUUCUUUUAAGAAAGUAGCAUUCAAUCCACCUCCUUUGGGGGGGUCGCACGACGAGGGGUUGGACAACAAAGUGCAACUCUAGAAAACAUAAACAUGAAUGGUGACCAUUGUUCUGCUUAAGUAUAGGAGAACAGUAUAAUACCAGAGUUGAAAUCCUGGAAAGUAUUUGUGAUGGAUACCCAGGCUUAACUUACAGGGCUGCCAGAGAGAUUUUAGCCCAUUGGUCUUCUGUGACUGCCUCCUGGGCUAUUUUUUGGAAGCUACAGGGGAGGCUGUGUCUAAAAUUGUGAAGGGUGUUCUGCCCAAGGGGUUAUGCCCUCUAUCUCCCUGCCCCCAUAAUGCAAGUACCAAUGGGCAUAGUGCAGUACAGGGUGUGAUAGCAGGCAUCCAUCCUCAGAGGUAUUUGGGGAGGGAUUUAACUAAGGCUGGGUCUACACUGAUCUGGAAAACGCUAUUAAAAAUGCUGUUAAAUAUAUAGCUCCCAAUGCAAUUUCCCAUUGGCGAAAGUUCGCUGCUCUAUGGCGCCCUCUGGUGUCACAUUUUUAUAACACAUUUUUAACGUUCUAACUCACCAGUGUAGAUUAGUCCUAAGUCUUAAGUCUCUCCAGCAAGGCUGAGAACGCUGUGUCCCUCCAGAUGUUGCUGCACUACAACUCCCUGAUCAUCAACCAGGCUGGCUGGGGAUUAUAGGAGCUGAACAUCUGGACGGCCACCGGUUCCCCAUCUGUGGUCUUCCUCUUUUUCUCUCUUUGCUUUUGCACUCUGCAGGCAGGGAAGAUGCUUCCAAUUCCUAGGCACACCCAGUGUUAAAUGGGGAGAUUUUGAAAGUGAAAUCUGAAUUUCAAGCCAAACUUAAAUUCUGGGUUC